GUUUGUGGAGAAGAACUACAGUCGGGAGGGUGAGCGGGGGCAGAGCGCGUCCGUCGUCCACUAACCGCGAUAUUUACUCUUAUUACUGAUUUACACCUUGAAAUAGUGACUUAAAGACUUCAGUUUGAAUUUAGAGUCGAGUAUUUACACCUGACCUAAGCGUUAGCUGUAGCGGUGUAGCUAGCUGAGGCAGGCUGUACUGGAGAGCACCAGAGAGAGAGAGUAGAAACCUGAGUGAGGAGAGACAUGGCUACAACAACCUGCACACGAUUCACUGACGAAUAUCAGCUGUAUGAAGAACUUGGCAAGGGAGCAUUUUCAGUGGUGCGGCGAUGUGUGAAGCUCUGCUCAGGCCAAGAGUACGCUGCCAAAAUCAUCAACACCAAAAAACUCUCAGCAAGAGAUCAUCAGAAGCUUGAACGAGAGGCUCGAAUCUGUCGACUGCUCAAGCACCCAAAUAUCGUUCGACUUCAUGACAGCAUAUCAGAGGAAGGCUUUCACUACUUGCUCUUUGACUUGGUGACGGGAGGUGAGCUGUUUGAAGACAUUGUUGCUCGAGAGUACUAUAGCGAGGCUGAUGCCAGUCAUUGCAUCCAGCAGAUCCUGGAGGCGGUGCUUCACUGCCAUCAAAUGGGUGUGGUGCACCGAGACCUGAAGCCAGAGAACCUGCUUUUGGCCAGCAAGUGUAAGAAUGCCGCCGUGAAGCUGGCUGAUUUCGGUCUGGCCAUCGAGGUGCAGGGAGACCAGCAGGCAUGGUUCGGAUUUGCGGGGACACCAGGGUAUCUGUCCCCUGAGGUGUUGAGGAAGGAGGCAUAUGGAAAGCCUGUGGACAUCUGGGCUUGUGGUGUGAUCCUCUACAUUCUACUGGUGGGCUAUCCUCCGUUCUGGGAUGAAGACCAACACAAACUGUACCAGCAGAUUAAGGCUGGAGCUUAUGAUUUUCCAUCUCCAGAGUGGGAUACAGUCACUCCAGAAGCCAAAAACCUCAUAAACCAGAUGCUGACCAUCAACCCAGCCAAGCGAAUCACAGCACAGGAGGCCCUCAAACACCCAUGGGUCUGCCAACGCUCCACAGUGGCUUCCAUGAUGCACAGACAGGAGACGGUGGAGUGCUUGAAGAAGUUUAAUGCCAGAAGAAAACUGAAGGGUGCCAUUCUAACUACCAUGCUGGUGUCACGAAACUUCUCUGUGGGUAGCAGGCAGACCACGGCUCCGGCCUCGGUCACUGCCGCUGCUGCUGCUGUUGCGGCGGCAGCAGGCACCACAGCAGGGCUGGUGGAACAAGCCAAGAGUUUGCUAAACAAGAAGGCUGACGUGAAGAAGAGGAAGUCGAGCUCCACUGUUCAGUACAUGCCCCAGACCAACAGCACCAAAAACAGCAUAGUCACAAGCCCCAAAGGAAACCUUCCCUCUCCUGCACUGGAAGCUCAAUCUACUGUCAUCCAUAAUCCACUGGAUGGGAUUAAGGAGUCGUCUGACAGCAGUAAUGCCACCGUGGAGGAUGAAGACAUGAAAGGUAUAGGAAAAAGCCUUGACAACAGCUCAGGUCAAACCCAAUCAAACCCCAGCCCACAGCCUGACCUUGCCCAAACAGUUCAGGGUCCUGCCCCUCCUGUCUACUCCACUACCAAGCUCUCGGACCUGCUGGGUGCGGUACGUAGGGGCUCGGGCCCUGCUGCUGAUGGUGAGGGGAACACAAGUAGCCCCUCCCCAACCCCUCAAACCCCCAACAUUCCCAUGCAGAUGUCACGUCUGACAGAUCUUGUAAGCAGUGUGCGCAGAAGUUCAGCCCCUCAGGCAGAUACUGAGUCAUCUACUCCCAGUCGACCCAUUACUGCCCCGAACCCUGUCCCGAACCCUGUACCCACCCCGUCCCAACCCUCACCCCCUCCACCACAGCCUUCCUCCAGCCCCCUGCCUCCAGUACACUCACGUAAACAGGAGAUCAUCAAAAUUACUGAACAGCUAAUCGAAGCCAUCAACAAUGGAGACUUUGAAGCUUAUGCUAAGAUCUGUGAUCCUGGAUUAACCUCGUUUGAACCGGAGGCUCUGGGGAACCUGGUGGAGGGCAUGGACUUCCACAGAUUCUAUUUUGACAAUUUAUUGUCUAAGAACAGCAAGCCCAUCCACACCACCAUUCUGAACCCUCACGUGCACCUGAUUGGCGAGGACGCUGCCUGCAUAGCCUACAUCCGCCUCACACAGUACGUGGAUGGGCAAGGCCGGCCACGCAGCAGCCAGUCAGAAGAGACUAGGGUGUGGCAUCGUCGAGACUCCAAGUGGCAGAACGUCCAUUUCCACUGCUCGGGAGCUCCUGCUGCUCCACUGCAGUGAAGUGAGAGCUGGUUGUAGGAAGAGCGCCCAGCCAGAGCAGGAGAGUGGAAGAGAAGAGAGGAAGAGGGAGUAAAAAGAGAAAGUCCAGUGUCAGUGCCUGACCCUUCCACACUGGGCUUCACCCCUCACCUGUCGAUCACGUUUCUGUGCAAUGUCUGUUCUGCCCCGUCCUUUAUUGCCCCUCUGUGUCGCCACACCGUGUCGUGUGUGAAUGAGUGUGCAGAGCGACUCUCUGACUGUCUGUGACGUGUCACACGUUCUCUCUCUCACCGCCUCAGUGUGAACAACACAUCGAGCCUGUGUUAUACUGAUCCGUGUGUACAUUUUAAUUAUUAUUCUUUAUAUUCAUCAUAAUUAUUAUUAUUAUUAUUGUGUUUAUUAUGAAUAUGAUUAUUACUACAGAGAAGCAAUCAUGUGUCAUUUGUACAGUUCAGAUUUUGGAUGCCGUUGUUUCUGGUUCUUUCGUUCAUCCUUUUUAGAUCGCAUGACACUCGGUGUAUCCACGGUGGUUCUAUAGUAACAGUUGGGGAUGGUUGAAGCACAGUGUUUUGUAUAGGCUUUGCUGUGGAAUGAAACACUGUGUGUGUGUGUGUGUGUGUGUGUGUUUCUGUUUCUGAUGAUAAAACAUCUAGAUUUGUCUGUAAAGUCAUCUUCAACUCUCUCUGUGUGUGUAGGCAGAGCUGAACAGAGUGAUGUAUUUGGGGUCUUCCAGUCUUUAGAUGCUCUUUUUUUCCUUAAUCAAUGUGAAAACACUGCAGGCAUUCAGCAUCUCUUCUGAAUUAGUCUGUGUUUGUAAUGUUACCCAGAUCUAUUUUUUUGAUUUUCAACUGGGUGCACAGGUGCAACCUCCAACUGACUGAAUUAUCUGUGGUCAGCUGCCAGUACUUGAUGUGACUGCAAUAUAGAUAUUAACCCUUUAAGGACUAAGACUAAAUGUGGACCUGGCUGCUUAUUUCUGACUAAUAUUUUGAUACAAUAGCAGAAUCAAUCAAAGUAUCACUGAAAAUUAAUAAGCAAUACCAGGCACUCAGGUGGUACAGUGGUCUAAUACAAGAGCCCACCACCACCAAGACUUGAAUCCGGGUCAAUGUGCUGGCAGCCGGCCGAGCGUCUACACAUACAUGAUUACUUUGUUUGCUUUGUGAUAAACUGGCUCCCUGUCCAAGGAAAUCCUGCCUUUACCCUGUGCUUCUCUGUGAAACCAGACCUGCAGUAACCCUGACCAGAAUAAAGCGCAGAAUAAAUUAAAUUAAGCAGUGCAAUCUUUUUGAAUCUUCCUAAUGUUAGUUAUUUAAAUGGUCUAUUAAAUGUAGUUAACAUUUAUUGAUGCGCUGUCUCAGCGUUUAAAAUAAGUACAAUGUGACUGAAAAAUAAUGGCACUGCAUUCUCCCUUCGUCUGCGUAGGUUCCUCCUUUCUCCAAAAAUGCAGUAGGUGGACUGACUGACUGCUCCAAAUUGCCCAAAUUGACUGAGAAAAUGUUGAGUGUGUGAAGGCUUGCGGUCAAUUGACGCUCAUCUUAUGCCGGGCCCUAAAUUUGCCUAUAUUUAAGAUCAUUUGCACCUGUUUAUUUAAACUCUAGAUUGAUUCCCUCCACUGCUGCAAUCCAUUUUAGUCCUUUGGUAGAAUAGCUAAUAAAAACGUUUGGCUACCGUUCAUUAAUACACAAUAAUAGAGCGCACCCUGGUGGCCAGGUGAUACAAAAGUGCAGAUUAUGCACUGCAUUGUUAUUUCAGAUGUUCAAUGAAUUUUCGUGACCGUUUAGUCCCUAAAGGGUUAAAACAGCCUCCAUAUUUAGCAGAGCCAAUUAAUGGACUGUCUGUGUGCCCAGCUCGCAUUAUAAGCCAUACUCCAGCUAAAGGUGCCACAAUUCAGCUGCGUGCUCAUGUCGUCUUAUUUACAAAUGUACAGACAUUUUAGCUGUUUGUUUUGACUAACAGUGAUUUAGUGAAGGUUUGUUAAGGUGUAUGAAGAAAAGGGAGAUGUGCCAUGCAGAUUGAACAUUUGAGGUUGGCGAUUUCAUUUAAUAGUUGUAAGCAAUGUUUUCUUCUUUCAGAUAUAUUAACAUUUAUUAAGGUUAAGGUUAUAUAUAACUAUAUAUUUAUAUAUUUUAGACUCAUUGAAGGAGAUUUGGUGUGUUUGUACUACGCUGGAAGUUGAAGCAUGAUCUGUGGAUAGUAAGGUAUUUUGCUAAUGAUGGACUCUUUGGACGUUUUUAAUAUUUAGAAAUAUCUGAUUUUUUUUAAAUGUGAGACGAAGUUAAAUUCUCUUUAUAUGAAGUGUAUUUAAGCUAGAGGUGUAUUGAAACAUAUCGCAUGCAGAAGUGCUGACCUGUGUGACCUGUCAGUCGAGCUGCAGCUGCAGGUGAACUUGAGGGACUCAAAUUUGAGAGAGGCCUAAUGAUAAGGUGAUAAAAAUAAGUGUUUGCCUUUGGUUCGUACAAUCCACUGCGCAAACACAAUUUGGUUUUGGAUUUUACAGGCUUAUUCAUUUUGUGUUCUUAGGUUGUAUUUAUUUAUUUAUUUAUUUAAGGAUUUUGUUGACAUGCUUAUUCAUGUUUUUUUUUUUUUCCACACUGCUUUGGUAAAGAUACCGGCUUUACUACAGAUUAUUUUUACCGCAUCAAUUGGAAUAUCUUGUCAAACAUCCCUUGUAUCAAAUCAUUAUAAUAAUCUUCAGCUGGAGGAGCGACCCCACAAACGAAACCAGUCUGGGUGUCUGCGUUAGCUCUAGUGCCGGGUGGGUUUCUGGCUGGGUGUAUUUGAGUUGAUUCUUUGUGGAUCCCCUCGUGUCCCACUCUCAUCUCGUCUUGACACAAAGUGAUAUGGGACUGUUACGUUUAUACGUGUGCUCAAAAUACCCCAACAGUCCACUUCCUAAAAAAACUAAACAAAAAAAAACCUUCAAAUAAAAACUAAACAGCAUGUAAAAAUGUACUAAUGUUCUUCUUUGUGUGUUUACCAUUGAGAAUAACCAUGUAAAAUAAGUGAUGCACAUUGUUAUUAAACAGGACACAGUAUUAAAGCGGCAGUUGAAUAAUGUUUUAAUCUGACUUUCUUUGCAUGACACUUACUCAAACGCAAAGUUUGGUGUUACUUCUUACUUCUUUCUUUAAUCAUUUUCAUUUCCUAUUGAAUGCUGAUUAACUGAACCUUUCUUCUGUAUUUCCUGCCCACGCUUUGUAAGUGCUUCAAUAAUUUUUUGUCUCCGGAUGAUGUGAAUGAAAGCUGUAAUGAGACUGAUGAGAUUAUAAAAAUGGUGAUAUAUUUUAUGGCAUGCUUUUAUACCCGAGCUCAUUGUUAUCAGUGCAGAUUUUUUCUUUAAUAGGAAUGUACAGGAAUUAAACGUUUGGAAACUCCUGGGUUAUCGUAGAGUUACGCAAACGUACUCUAAUAGAACAUCAAUAUCUUUAUGAUAGUGGAGUAAAACUCAACUUGCUUUUACUUGUAUUAAAGAUCUUUCAUAACUGCUGAAUAAUCACAACUAAAACAUAAUGUGAAUGAGAGGUGAUUUUACCUGCACUGAAAGCACAGAGCUCGAAUGUUUUUAGUAUGGUAUCCUUUCACUCUGUUCCUGAUUCCCACUGUUCUUCUAGAUCACCUCACUGGAUAGUUGUUCAGAAGUCUUCACAGAAGCCCGCUGUCAGUUUUGGGUUUCUGUAGAAGAUAUUAUACUCUUUUCUUUCCCAGAUUAUUCCUACUCUUAUUAUUGCUCUGUUCUCAAACUUGCUAUGUGUUAUCUGAUUAAGGAAAUGUGUUCAAGUGUUAUAAAUAAAGAUGAAGAUUUAAAUACUAA